AGUCGCUCGCCAAGCGUCAACGAGGAUGCGAGCACGGCUGGCAAGCAAAGACAUUAUUAGUAAACGCACGUUGAGUGGCCGGUCGAUAACAAUAAUUAUUGUGUCAAAACCUUUAUACGCAAGUUCUACGAAAAAAAUGGGCAAAGAAAAAAACCGCUCUUAGGAGAAUUUGUGUGGUUUUUGUCGGCUUUGUAUCUAUAUAAAAUGAUUAUGAUAAGAGAUUAUUCUUUUAGUAAUAUUAUUAAUUGAUGAUUCGCGAAGCGCUCGUAAUUAUUUAUACCUUUUAUGACUGAUAACUUUUUGUAGAAUUUGUAAAAUGUGUCUGUGUAACAGCAGUUAUUGUGCUCUUUCCAAAAUGUGUUGGAAGUGGUUUCGAAGUGUUUUUGUUAUAGUAGUGUUUUGUUGUUGUUUUCAUAACGUUAACAGUAACGCUAAUUUUACUAGGAUUAAAAGAGAAGCCCUCAGUGAAAGUUUGGAAGUCUAUCUAAUGAACUUCGGUUAUAUGGAGAAGUCAAAAGAUGGCGCUUUCGCUUUACGAACAGAAGAGUCCAUUCAAAAUUCGCUGCGCGAGUUACAAGAGUUCGCUGGUAUACCGGCGACCGGCCGCUUAGAUAAUAGAACGCUAAAGUUAAUAAAUACGCCGCGGUGUGGCAUGCCCGACAAAGAUUUUAGAACGAGAAGAAAAAGAUUCACGGUACACGGAACUAAAUGGCCUUACACGGAUCUCACUUGGAGUGUGAGAAGCAGAAAUGUGGACAAUUUAAACCUCGACGAUGUCCGAUUUGUUAUUUCAAAGGCUUUGCAAGUCUGGUCGAAACAUUCUCGUCUGGAAUUCACGGAAGUUGACAGCGACAAGGCAGAUAUAUUGAUCUAUUUUCAUAGAGGUUCGCAUGGAGAUAAUUUUCCAUUCGAUGGCCCCGGAAAAGUUUUAGCUCACGCCUUUUUUCCAACAGGAGCUAGAUCAAGCGUAGAAGUUCAUUUUGAUGCGGAUGAAAAAUGGACAACGAGCACUGAUAGUGAUGAAGGAACCAAUUUGUUCAAUGUUGCGGCUCACGAAAUUGGACACUCGUUGGGAUUGUCUCAUUCUAACGUUGAAAGUGCAUUGAUGUACCCAUGGUAUAAGGAAAUGGAAAAUGGUUAUGAUUACGAAUUACCUGAUGAUGAUAAACAAGCUAUACAAGUCUUGUAUGGAGCUCCAGACUAUCGAAGCAAAUGGGCUAAAAAUCCUGAAUACCACCCCGUGCCUACAACAACUACAACCACGACGACCACUACAACUACAAGACCAACAAGACCGACACAACGACAUAGAAGGCCGCAAGAUCCCAGAGAUCCAUACGGACAUUAUCCAUAUCCGUAUCCGACAUAUCCACCUUAUUAUCCACAAAAACCGAUGAACCCGAAUAAAAAACAUUAUCCUACGCCAUAUCAUCCUGACUGGAAGAAGUAUCCAAAAACUUAUCAACCAGAAGUACAUCCCACAAGAAGAUAUCCGCCAGAAACAUCCCCGCCCAGGAAAUCACCACCAAGGACUUAUCCUCCACGCACGUACCCACCGAGAACAUAUCCUCCUAGGACGAAUUCCCCAAGAACAUACGCACCAAGAGCAACUGAAAGGAAUUACCCAAUUAAUACACCACUAUAUCCAACUCGGUCUACUCCCAAACCACCACCAGACACUUGUAAUACAAGCUAUGAUGCUAUUUCUGUCAUUAGGCGAGAAGUUUUCAUUUUCAAAGACGCAUAUUUCUGGAGAAUUGGAGACAAUGGCCUGAUGGACGGAUACCCGGCUUUGAUAAGGCGACUCUGGCAUGGUUUGCCUGAUACUUUGACACAUGUUGACGCAGUUUAUGAAAGAAAUGAUGGCAGAAUUGUUUUCUUCAUUGACGAUCAAUAUUAUGUAUUUUUAGAUAAUCAUGUAGAAAGCGGAUAUCCAAAACCUUUAACCCAUCUGGGUAUUCCAAGAGAAAUAAAAAAAAUCGAUGGAGCAAUGGUUUGGGGUCACAAUGGUAAAACAUAUUUUUACAGCGGCAAUUUAUACUGGAAAUUCGAAGAAGAGAUACAAAGAGUUGAAUUAGAUUAUCCUAGGGACAUAUCAAUGUGGAAAGGAGUUGGUACGGAUAUUGACGCGGUGUUCCAAUGGAAAGAUGGUAAAACGUAUUUCUUCAAAGGCAAAGGUUUUUGGAAAUUUAACGAUUACCACAUGCGCGUUCAAGACGAUGAACAAAAAUUAUCUGCUCCAUUUUGGAUGGGAUGCACUACCAAUUAUGAAAAUAAAAACGACCAAAAUAAAAAUACCAAAGAAUAUUCUGAUGAUGGUUAUACCCAAGACAAGUUAGGUGAAAAAAUGCCUUUGAGGGGCGCUUCCAGUGGCGUAUCCUUGACAACAUCAAGUAGCUUUAGUGCUUUAAUUUUAACAGUUUUUUAUAUUGUUUAUGCAGGAUGACGUCUUUAACUGUAGUAUAUUGUCAAAUUGAAUGAACGAUCUUUUAAUUUUUUUCCAGCAGAUACCAAUCUUAAUUUUAUUGAAUAGUUCAAUUCGGGUAAAAAUUAGGAUUUUCCCAUCACACAUGGAUAUGUGGAAUAAAAUGUGUUGCAAAAAGACAAUUACGUCACAUAGGAAGUAAGAGAAAGAAGUAUAUUAUGAAAGGAACAGAAAGAGAAUAUGGACAAAUACUUCAAUAAGUCAAGGUAGUUAAGGUUUAAUGAAAAUAUUAAGACAAAAAAACAAUAACACUGCGAAAUGCUGUACAUGAAUUCCAAAAAAUCCAACUUUCACAAAAUUCAAGAAAACAAACAGAAUUUCCAACAGAAAAAAAGAGUAUAAUUGCAUAUGCUGGCCAUAUUGAUGUUGUAGCAAAAGACAAAAGGUCUUUAAUAGAAAUAAUCUCAAACAUGAAAAAGAGUUAUGAAUAUCCAGAAUCUGCUUGAAAAUAAAUCUCACAAAAUUUGGAAAGAAGAAGCUUGGAAAACUCUGAGGAUGAUGAGAAGUAUAUAUUACCGACCGAAUGACGGUUCAAAUUAUUUUUGAGGAAAUAUAUAGAAUUCUUGGAGACGAUAUGAUCACGUAAGUACAGUGCGGUUGUGAGAAAAAGAUAAACAUAUAAGAAAUAAUGUUUUGAAAGAUUAAAAGUGAGUCCUGAAAUUUAUAGAACAUAUACAAACAAACUUGUUGCUAUCAUAACUGGUAGCGACUCAUUCAGGACAAGCUAAAAAAUAAAACAAAUAUACAAAGGAAAAUCGAAAUUUUAGGGACCUACCACAAUGCAUUAGUCCUUAAAGCUUGACCUGAAUGUUUUGCCACAACUAAACAUCAAUUAAAACAGUAUUUGCACUCACUAAUAUCUAAAAAUCGUUUUAAUAACUUUAAAACUGAUUAAUAGUAUUUAUUUUCCGAAAAGUACUCCUGUACUUCAUUUUUGAUACUCACCUAGUCAACAAAAUAUACUACUCCUCUAAUUUAGGGUCUUAUUGGAUAAAGAUUAAGGAGAGCAAUGAAAUUUGAUAUUUAAAAAUUAGACGGCAUUAAAAACUUCAACCACAUAUCCUUGGCAAAUGGUGAACCAUAUUUUUAUCCAAAUUUUUUUCACCGCCUUUCAACGAUGUAUCUAAAUAGUACUACUACUAUGACAUUAUUCCUAAUACAAUGCUCAUAAUAUAGCAAUUGAUUUGAAUUUUAAAAUGAAAGUAGAUGAAAAUGAUCUUUCUCUUCCUAUUUCUGAAUUUGGCAAAUAUUCGUAUAAAAAGUUAAAGACUGAAUCUAAUAAACUCUUUUCUAAAUAAAAAUAUAAAAUCCCAACUGCCGAUACAGUCGAUGUUAUCAAGAUUUUGUGAUAUAAAUUUUUUUGUAAUUGAAUAACAUUAUUUAAUUUUUUUAUUUUAAGUAGGUUUUUAUUUUUUAUUUUAAGUACCCUAGAUUUGGAUAGUCUCAUUUGUGUUCCACCAUUUCAUAUUAUUCCUUUCUAGUUUUGGAUUUCUCCACAAUAUUAGAUCAAAACAACGCUUACUACUUUUUCAGGUAUCUCCAUACUCAUCUUAAUAAACUCAAAAACUUUGCGUAAUUAGCAUAUUGUGUCUACCAAAAGUAUGAAAUGAACUUUUAUGUCCCAACUUUGGAACAAUUUUCAGAAAGUCCAUUUUCAAAAAAACAUAUCAUGCAGUAUGACGCCUGCUUGCAACAUCAUCGAAAGAUUUAAUAAAAGUUUAUUAUUCUCUAGUCAUAAUUAUGCUUCUUCUAGGGUUAUUAACUGUUCUUAACGAAACCAAUCGUAUUAUUCGGGACUUUUAUCUUUGUAACUACAAUUGCCAUUAUUAUAACCUUUUUUCUGCUCUGUUCACUUCUCCAUGUCUAUAUUUCUAUAUUUGUAUGACCCAGUCAAAAAGUUCCACGUUUCCUUAGGUAAACGUAACAAUAAAUUGAUACUAGUAGUCUAAGAUCUAAGUCUAAAUCGACAUUCACCGAGCUGAUGAUAGAAUAAAACUUAUUUUAUAAUAAAUUUAUUGGAAAAUAUAUUAAUAAUAGGUUGUCUAAAAAAAUCCUGAACAGAAAAUUCCUAAUUAUUUAAAAAAAAAUGAUUUUUCAUUAAAUUAACAUCAAGAUAAUAUGAAAAGUUUAUACAUCGGUCCUUUAUUAUUACACGGUAUUCGCGCAAAUUACGAAGGGGGCGACAUCUGUGAAUUUCUUUUAAACUUCAAUAGAGUUGAACAACAAAACCAGAAUACGAACUAAUAUUGUUGUUUUAUAAACAAUAGUAAGUGUUAUUUGGAAUUUUAGCCUAAAUAUUGAAAUAAUAUAUCCUGGGAUGAAAACAACCACACAUCCAAAAGAUGCAUUUCGAAAACAAUAAAAACGUGAUGAAAGUUGUACUAGUUGUUAAAAUCCUAUACUAGUGGCCAAUAAAACUCUUGUGCAACUUUUUGGUAGUUUCGUAUAUAUAGUCACGUCUCUUCCUCCCGUUCUUACAUUGCAUUUCCAAUCUUUAACUACAUCAUUUAGAUUAAUUUUUAUCUCAUGGGGCUGGGAAGUUGACCUGACGUCUGUAGAAACAAACUUAAUGGUUUUUGAAUUUGUUCCUUCUAGGCCACAUAAUAUGUAUGCCGCACUUUAAAAACUGCUUCACAUUCUAUUAGAUGUCUGCUUCUGAGUCAAAUAUAUUUUAUGAUGUUAAAAAAAGUUACUUCAAUUUUCGUCAUUUUUAGACAGAUUCUUAAACACAACUUUUUGUUAUAACCACACAAACAAACAAAAACAAAUAAAGAAAUUUCUACUUUGAUCACUAAAAACACAUAAUAAUUGAAAAUAUUCUGUACGGGAUGUUUUAGACAACCUAUUUUUAAUAUAUUUUCUAAUAUACUAAAUUUAUUAUAUAUUAAGUUUUAUUCUAUUACCAGCUCAGUGAAGGUCGAUCCAUUCAUGAUCAAAAACAGGAGAAACUUAUUUGGGCUUCUAAAAGUUAUAUCACCCAAGAAUGCUCAAUAGAGAGUUGAUAAUAUUAUAUCAUAUUUUGUUUACAUAUUGUAGCUUUUUUUAUAUAUUCCUAAAGUACUGUUUCUAUAUUAUCUUCUGCUUCAAAAAUACAUUUGAAAUAUCUCUCGUCCUACCUCAUUUUGAAAUAAAAUUAUCUAAUAUCAAAAGAUCUCUUUUCGUCUUUGGUCUUUCAAAGAUUCAGGAUAGUAUCUGAUGUAUAACACUAGUUACAAAUUUGCUUAGAGAUAACCUGAAGCAGUUUUUAAAUUCGUUUUUUUUCCUCUUAGUCAUUUCCAUGUAGCUAUCCAUUUUACUGCUUUGCUCAUUGUAUUUCUGAAUUUCACUUAAUUAUACCACUAUGUUUGGGCUCUCUUUUUUUAAUUUCAAUGGCAAAUAUUUCCAAUAACAUAAAUGUAUUUUCACAGUCAGAGAGAAAUUGAAGGCAGAUAUAUUUAGGAUUCAGGUACUAAUCCAGACUCACUAAGAAUUGGAUGAGUCGUUUGUUGUUUUCAGGUGUAUUUACAGAUUUAUUGUGCUGUUUAUUUCUAGAAAAUCAAUCAGCAACACCAAACAUGAACUUAUUCAAAAUGUUUGUAACCUAUAUGGUUACAAUUUCACAUUUUUGUUUAAUUUGGGUUCUCAUAUCUACGUUUAUUUUCGAAACUAGGUAUUUUAAUUAUCAAAUAUAAAAUGAUGUAGUUUAGAUUUUUGAACAAGUGGGAAAAUUAUUGAAAAUCGCUCUACUAAUGGUGGGACAUGAUUUUUAAUAUUAAAAUGCUUAAAUUACUGUGAUAUAAAUAAUAUAUUAGUUAUGCUUUUUGAAUUGCAAACAAAAAACACUCCAAUCUGUAUUCUUUUUUUUAACUUUCAAUUAUUUUUUACUCAAUUAGUUAAAUUUGGUACUUAUAGAUGUAGUUCAGAAAUAAAUCUACCCAUGUUUAAUAAAAAUGGAUUUCUUUAUGUAAAGGAGUACAUAAAAAUAUGGUCACUAUCCAGAACACGUUUUAAUUGUAAGACAAUAAUGAAUAUAUUUUUGUAGUCAUUACUUAUUUUUAGCUAUUUUUUCGUUUCAAAGCCAAAUUUUCCAAGUAUUUUUGUUAUGGAUCUUAUUCUUUUGCCGCGUACGUAAUGGAUGUAGGCGACUUACUUCUCAGAUCAAAGUAAUCUACGUACAGUUUAACGACGGAUUCGAACUUCUUUGUUUAGAAGCAAUUUACUGUAAUGUUCUGUUAUUGUCAGAUAAGUGGAACCUCUGUUUUCAAUAUUGUCUGCAUCUGAGUCGUUUGGUUGAUAAACAGCACCAUCUUACGACACGUCAUCCUAUGAAUAGAUAUAAAAAGAAAUCAUCAUCAGAAACCUCAAGAGAUUAUUUUGAAACUUAAGUACCAUAAUUUAUAUAUCUAAUUCUUACAAUUUCCUAUUAAUACAGUUCAAAUAAUAUAUACAAAUAAAAGAAGUCUAUAAUGCACUAGAUUUAGCAAAAUCAGAAAUUUUAUGAAAAACGAUUAGCAUAAAACAUUGAUAUCUUUCUUUUGAACUGGAAUUUCACAGGAAAUACAAUGUUACAAGUGGUAAGGGGUAUCUGCUUUAAAGUUUAAAACAUUUCCCAAGAGUUUUUUUCCCAAAAAUCAAGAAAAAUGGAAUUUUAAACAACACCUGUGAUAUGUUGAGAAAUAACUGACGUUUUUUUGAAAAAUAUAUACCACGUGUAGGUACUUUGAUUUUUUAAUUCAGAACAUUUUGUGAAAGGAAUGUUUAGCCAACAGCUUUAGAAUUUAGUACUUCCAAUAUUUACAAGGAUAUAUUUACACACUAGCAGUAUUUUAGUUGAUUUCAAAUGUAUUGAACAUUUCUUGCGAGUUUGUAUUUUGUAUAUCUUUUGAUAUAAAUAAAGUGGGUCCUUUAGAGACCUUUUUCAAUAUAUAAUGUCUCCAGACCUUAUCACUUAGUUCGAAGCUCGUAUAGAAAGCGAUUGUGAAACAGUUGUAACUGCCUACAAAUAAAACAAUAUUGGAAAUGAAAGAAGGUACCUCGAUUGUGCGACUUCGUCGAUGUUUAUAUAACUUCACGCUCGAAUUACACUCACGAUAAAACAGUAGAGCUCAGAUGUUUAUUUUUUCUAAAGACUAAAGUUUUAACCUCCACAAAGGUUUGGGAAGUAGAUGCAAAAAUUAUAUUGAAGAAAAUCCUCCGUAAACGCCUACAUUACUCAGCAAAAUUUUCCAAUUGUCUUUCACACUUUGAUUACUUCAUUCUCAACUUUCCACAUAUAAACAGAUAUUUGUAACUCUGUACCAAUAAAAUAAUAAAAUAUUCUUAACCGCACUAUGAGCGAUCUUUUUUUUGAAGAGGCCUAAUUUGAAUGUCUAUGUUCUCUCAAAACUACCCAAACUUUGUAUUCCCAAAUUUACACCAGUCCUUCUCAAAUAGUGACAUCUUACUAAUGACUUAAUCCAAAAAUAUGUUUAACAAUCCGUGACAUGAUAUGUCUUGUGUGUGUUUUUCAUGUUCAGGAUUCUAAUAUUGCAAUAGAUCUUAAGAAUCUUAUAGUUCUUUGGCUUCCAAUUAUAUAUAAUUUAUAUUAAAAGUGUUGUUAUUUUUCAAACACAGUUAACAUGCAUCACAGUUUUUUGUGAAAAUGACAGAAAUUUAGAUUUUGAAAACUUACAAUUGUUACUUGUUGAAAUAGUCACUUCUUAGGUAAAAAUUAUAUGUCUUUACGUUACAUUUAUUUCUCAAUUGUACAAUUCACAUCAUUACCAUUGACCACAAUUAUAGUGUAAGCUUUACAAUUCAAAGAGUAUCCUUUGGUUUCCUUCCCAACUUCUUGAAACAACUUUUGAGUGGCUUUAUUGAAUACUUAUGUAUGUAGAAUUGUUCUUUCAUUCUAUGGAUGCUUUUCAAAAUAUCUGCUCAACGGAUAAGUCACUUUUUUAGUGGUUAUUCGCUCCAAUCAAAAGAUACCGUAACAUUAUCCGUAUUGCGGAAACAAAUAAAAAUUGGUUGCAGGUAAAAAUUUUGUGUGGAGAUAUUUUGUUUCAUUAUUAACUCUUGAGUAUUGUGACAAUACCUUAUAUGUAAUACUCCUAUAUAGACAGUUGGUAUGGGGAAAAACGUCCCUAAAAUAUUAAUUUUCUCUCUCAUUCGAGACACUUUACCAUGUGAGAAUGUGCAGAACCAAGCUGGAACCUCUGAGGAUAGAGAAAUCCUUGCCAUUCUGUCUUCCGGAAGAGUUUAAAACUUAUAGAAACUGUCCAUAUAGAAGUAUUACAUGUAAGGACAAAACACGUUCCAAAAA